AUGCUAUUUAUUCAUCAUUGUUAUCUUAAGUGUAGGUUUAUCAUAUGUUCGUUAGUAGCAAUUGCUAUUUCGCUCAUUGAUGGCGUUAUCGUCAUGUUAACGCUGGGCAUUAUCUUCGCUGUUCUGAGUUUUUGUUUGGCUACUCCAUCUACUGAUGUCGGAGUUCGAAUCGUCAAUGGCACGACAGUGGAUAUUUCGGAGUACCCUUACCAAGUGGCGAUUUUAUAUCAAAGCUCGCCAAUUUGUGGUGGAGUUUUGAUUUCAGCAAAACAUGUCCUAACUGCUUUGCACUGCUGGGUUCUGGACACCAAUCAAAAUAUUUCCGAGUACAGCGUAAGAGCUGGUUCAAACUACUGGGACAAAGGCGGGCAAGAAAUUUAUGCGGAGUCGGUUGUAUAUGACGUUCCCCCCGGACAAGGUUAUUUAGACUAUGACAUUGCCAUUAUUACCCUUAAAUUUCCAGUUAAUGUCUCUAAUGCAAUCCCCAUUGUCAUGGAUGAAGCUGAUGCGGUACACGAUGAUGGCGAAGUAGCUACUUUGUCAGGAUGGGGUUUAACCCAGUUGGCAUUAGACGACGAUGACGAUGAUCCGUAUAUAUUGAGAGCAGUUAAUGUUACAGUUAUAUUCUGUGGCGAUACCGGAGUUCUGCGAAACUUUAUAUGCUUCGCUCAAAAUGGGACUGGUCCAUGUUACGGCGAUUCUGGUGGCCCGGCGGUAAUUAAUAAAAAAUUGGUUGGUCUGACUUCUACGGGAGGGGGAGGAGCCUGUGGGUCAUCGAUGGCUAGAGCAUAUUACACAAGAAUUUCCACUUUCCGAGAAUGGAUUCAAGAAAUUACAGGUGUCUAAAAUAAAUACAUUUUUGUAAUAUUUAAAUUAAAUACCAUAUAAAAUAAGUGCUUAUAUACAUGUGACACCCUAUCCGGUUUAUUUAAUGAUUUGUUUGUCAGUAGCAACAGUGAGCAAGCAAUUCGCAAGCGAAUUUUUUCUCACUUGUUAGCAAGUGUUUACUUUUCUGACGUAUGAUUUGUACAAUGUUUUAAAUGAAUUUAAAAACUUUUGCUAAAUUGAUUUUGUUAAUAAUAGGUAGGUAGGCACCCAGAUUAUUUUGGUAGCUUUAUCAGAGUAAAAAUUACAAUAUCUUUGAAUGUGUAAGCCAAAAUUAUAAACUCUGUUUUAAGUUAGUCAAGCCAACUUGAUGAAUUUGGCAAUAUACCGAAUGAACAUUUUUUUGUUUUCGCUUUUAUUUAC